GCCUUGGGAAACUGUUCAGCCCAAUUGCUGCAUAGAUCUGGUUGGGGUUUUCCAGCUGGGACUAUGCGGAAGUUUAGUCAAGCUUCCAAACUAACAAAUUUGCAAUAGAACAAAAUCCACAAACCAUUUUUUAGGGGAGGCGGCGGGGGAGAUCCAAUUCUGUUUUUCCAUACAAGUUUGGAGCUAUUUUUUCCCCUCUUUCAUAUCCUUGAAGCCUGAGCCAAAUCCAGUUACAAAUCUCGGCGCACGGACAGCAUAGAGCCAGCAAUGGAUCCCUCCGUGAGUAGCUGUAUGCGAAGUCCCCGUCCCACUACCCCACUCUGGGGAUGCCUGCGGAAUGCCCAUGCGGAGCUCAGCACAGCAGCAGGAGCGCAUCAUUACCCACAAGCACCAUUCUCAUUCCAUCAAAAACCAGACUUUGCUGCAUAUUCCGAUUUCUCAGCCUCUUGUUUGGCCACUGCCCCCCACAGCUUCCCCCGAGAGGAACGCAUGUUCGCAGAGCAGCACCCUUCUUUCCAGCAUUCUGACUGGCACUUUGCAGCAUCCGAGGCCAGAAGGCGGCUAAAUCCAGGACUGGCCUUGGGUUCUGGGGAACUAGAAAGCAGCAGCCCAAACCUAGUGGCUGCUGCAGGGGGCAUGAAUGAAGAUUAUGGGGUACCAGGAAACACUACAAAUGAAAUUGAGAAAAAGUCAUCCAAAAGGAAAAAGGAAACCUCAGAAAACCAGGAUUCCAGUAGGAAGCCAGAAGCCAGCAGCAAAGCACGGAAGGAGAGGACAGCUUUCACCAAGGAGCAGCUGCGGGAAUUAGAAGCUGAAUUUGCUCACCAUAAUUACUUGACAAGGCUCAGGAGAUAUGAGAUAGCUGUGAAUCUGGACCUCACCGAGAGACAGGUUAAAGUGUGGUUUCAAAACCGAAGGAUGAAGUGGAAACGUGUGAAGGGCGGGCAGCCAGUGUCCCCUCACGAGCAUGACACUGAAGAUAUGGACUCUGCUGCCUCCCCGAGCUCUGAAUAGCUCCUUGCCAGUAAUAAUGUACUGACGAAUGCAGGAAGGGUUGUCAAUCAGAGAACUGACGCCACACAGUUUAGCAGCAGCUGCAUCAUUAACAGGUGCCCCUCCCUGCUCAAAUCAUCUCAUCCUCCUGCGUGUGACUCUGGAAGUGGUGUGCCUUAACAUGCCUUCGGGACUGUAAAGGGCACACAGGAAAAUCCAGAGGAGGGUCUGACUGAACUCUUGGCAGUGCCAGUAUUUCUUCAAAAUAAUAACUAAACCCAUUGACUAUGAAACAAGUAAAGCUGACUAGAGCUGGAUUUCUAAAAACCAAUAGUGGUCUUCAAGUCCUCAAAAGACACAGUUUAGAGGCACCAGUUUAGGGUUCAGUGGGGCAGUAAUGUAGCUCCCCAACAUAUAAGCUUAUCCAGCAUCUCUCUUUGGUCACUGCUAUUUGCCAAACCAUAAAGGACUUGAGCAUGCCACAGAAGUGCUUUCUUCGUGCAUCACUCCACGAGUAAUGAACACUCUGGUAUCCACUGAUGUUUCUUGUGUCAUCCAAACUGAAAAUAUAAAUGGUUAUAAGCAAGUCUGGGGGGCAGUGGGAAUGUCAAACAAAAGUGUGGCCCCAAAUGCUAUAUAGGCCUCCAGCCAUCAGUUUUGGAAGGGAUCAUUCCCACAAGGACAAGGGCUCCAAUUAGAGCUGAGAUGGCAGGCACCUUUCUGAUACGCCUGUGUGAAUGAGAUACUGGAGGUUUGUUUAAUUAAUCUUAGUGUAGCUGCUGAAAUCAGAACAUUAAAUUUCACAGGGAAUAUUUUCAUAACCACCGCCACCAAGUAUCAAAUCAAGUGUAAUGAGGUCAUGAAUCAUCACUGUUCUGCCCUGGACACUGAAAUAUAGCUGAUUAUAUCUUCUGAAAGAAUGCUGCUCCUUUCUGUUGUGUUUGUCACACUUCUUUCUGGAAUGCCUCUGGGUACUACCUGCAGUUUCCUUUGUUACAACUCAGGACUAUCUGGGUGAGCAGAAAACAGUGUCCUGUGAAAUGAUUAGUUGAAUUUAUCAGUCUUAAGUUCUCGUUUCUUUUUUACUUGGGAUCAGAACGUUCUACCUGUCGGCAUGCAGGUAUGUACAUGUGAAUUAUGUAUGAAUAUACGUGUCCAUAAUGUUCUAUGGAUAAAUAUUUACUAUACAUGCACUCAGGGUCGGAUUAACUCUUCUGUGGGCCCAGGGCUAUUAGAUUUUGUGGGGCCCCUGUAUACAAGUCUUUUUCCUAAUUUAAAACAAAAUGAUCACAAAUUAUGGCAUCAAGGCUAUUAACACUGUACUAAACUUGCCAUUUAAUUAACAUAAAGCCGUUCUGUGGUUAUAUUUCAGUCUUAAAACAUGCAGAAUAUAGUUAAGUUAAUUCAAAAUAGCCUACUUCUUACCUUAGAACAGCUGUUAUAUUAGUUUCUUUCUGGGAGGGACUUUGGAUGCAGGAGGGAUUUUGACCUGGGGCAGGAAGUUGGGGUGCAGGGUCUGGGAGGGAGCGUGGAUGCAGGAGGGGAUUCUGACCUGGGACAAGGGGUUGGGGUACAGGAGGGGGUGCAGGCUCCAGCUGGGAGGUGCUUACCAUAGGCGGCUCUCGGCCGGCAGCCAACAGGGCUCAGGCAGGCUGCCUGCCUGCCUGCCAUAGCUCCAUGCCGCUCCCGGAAGCAGCCAGCAGUCUCUGCACGCCCCUAUGGGGAGGGGGACAGCGUGUCUCCAUGCGCUGCCUGCGCCCACAAGCACCACCCCCACUGUGGGGAUGGGGUGGGGCAGCGUGCAGAGCCGCCGCCUCGUCAGGGACCACAGCGAUGUGCCAGCAGCUGUCCGCUUCCGAGAGCGGUGUGGGGCCACGGCAUGCAUGCAGCCUGCUUGAGCCCGGCUGCGCUGGGGCCCCUUUAGCCCUGGGCUGUAGACCUAAAGCCCCUGCGUUAAUCCGGUCCUGCAUGCACUCCUAAUCAAUAUUCAGGCUGAUCAAAUUAGUAAUUAAUCAUCUAACGAACUUAGCCCUUUUUUUCUGUUUGCAAACUUUCCACAGACAGACUGAUUUUUGUGAAUGCAUUCACUGUUUGCAAUUGUUUGAACAGUUUAUGCAAACAAAUUUUAGCCUAUGAAUUGUUUGCAAAUUAUUCACUUUCAUUGUUUAUGCUGUGUGAUUGGUUGCCUAUGCUGCAUGGUAUUGUUUCUGCUUCCUGAUUAGAUGACAAAACUUUUUAAAACAAGGCAGCCUAGCAAACCACAAGUGAAGAAAAGGAAACACAUCAUAAUUAAUUAUCUUGUUUGUGCACAUCCUCUUCAGCGUGUGAAUCCGGGUGCUAGUAGUAGGAAGAACAGUCAUUCCCCAAACAUCCACGUGAGUAAAAACUUGUUCACACAAAUGUCCAUUAAUAUUGAAUUAAAAGGGGCAAAAACACAGUCAAACUGACCAGCUGUUUGGAACUCAAAUGAAGGCUCAUGAACAUUAUUUUGCAGUAUUCAACCAACUCUAUUAUCCACUAUGAUAUCAUAGUGUCUGAGCCAGCCCCAAAGUGCAUGAACGGAAGUAAAGAACAGCCCAGCUUCCAUUUAGGCAUUACAAGAAGUAGCUACAUUUUGAAGAGAGCUCAGCAUGGUGGGUACACAUUGGUUGCUAAACUCCAUUAAAAAUCUGGCCACUCAUUUAGGUGCUUAAAAUGGGAGAUGAGCAAGAAAUGGACCUUUAGUGACCUCUGCUGAUCUCAGAUCUGCACUGGAGCACUAGUAGCCAGCGGAUUUUAUGAGAUGUGUCUGAGGACGGGAUCCAGCCAAAACAAUCCAUAAACCAUGCGGCAAUUUGAUAUCAGUGGUGCUGGUUUAACCUCAUUUUUAUCAGCGAUCACCAGAUUCAGAGGGAAGCACGAGACAGCCACCUUUAUGCACAAUGGUCAUGUACCAUGACAUAGUCCAUCUAGCAUGCUCUGAGCUUCCCAGGAGCUUUGAAGAAGGUGCAGUCUCUGGAGGAUAGCUGCAGCAAUACCCACUUUGCAAGGCCUCCUGGUACAAAGAGAGAGAGUCCUGAAGAGACAUAAUUAGGACCUAAUUCACUUGAAUUAUAAAAUAUCUGAUGCAAGGGUUUUGUUGCAAACAAGCUGCAAAGGUACCAAUAUGAUUCCAAUCCAGAAACACAUUGAAAUGAUAUCACAGUUCUAUCAUUUCCAGCUAGAACUGUCCGGAGGUGUUUCUCAGUGGUUUGGGCACCUCCUCAUUUAAGACAAUUCUUUGCCAAGUUGCCUACAAGGCACUUAACCUAAUAAAAUGAGCCCUGAAUAUUAACGCCCCGUUGCCCCCUUUAUAGUGUAAUUAAUCCAGUUAUAGAUGCCAAUACAUUGCUCCGAUUUUGUCUCAGGAUCCUUAAGUGCCCUGAACACCCCCAGCUGUCCCAACAAUGCCACCUGAAAUUGGCCUCUUUUCACCAAAGUUUGCAGUAUAUCAAAUUAUAAAUAGUUUUAGAAAAAAAUAUAGUGUCUAUUCCUUUUGUUUAAUGUAUGCUAAUGUAAUGUUUCCAUAUUAUAUUGUAACAGAAUCUCUAACUUUCUUAGAAUGAUAUAUGAAAUAUUGACCUUUUUAAAGGACUGAAAUUCAUGUUUAAACAUUUUAAGGUAACAUCUAUUUGCUAUCAGAUUGUGUCAUGCUAUUUGCACAUACCUGCAAGCCAGUAUCAUGCUGUUUGCAUUUUGAUGUUACUCUGAUGCACUGAUAAUGACAGACCCUAAAUGUUCUAGAAAACUCCAGUCUCUGUUCUUUAUUCCCAAUGUAUAAGCUUUGCAGAAAUGGUUGGAUGCCCAGUUUCAUAUCUGGAUUGUCAGUUAAAAAAAUUAUAACCAUGUUACACUUUGCAAAAG